CUCUCUCUCUCACAUGCACAGACACAUACCCCCUAUUAUCUGAUACUCUGUUAUGGGAUGCUUUCCGUUUCAUUUCUCUCCUUUUUCAGGCUCACAGUGCAGUGAACCCUGCUCCCACCAAAGUUUCUGAUUCUUACGCACUCUGUCACACUCCCUCAGGUUUCCUGCCAUAUAGUUUCCUCCUCUUUAAACUCUGUCAGUCUUCUCUUAUCUCACAGUCUGCCUGUCCACGGAUAACAUCCACAGGUUAGCAGACGACUUUAUUUCUCUCGUUUAAUUGCAACAGCAGUGCGGUGUGGUGGAAUAAUGAACUGUUUCCUAUGGCACUUUGCUGUGGUUGGCGCCUGUGUUACUCUGGUCACCUCAGGAUCUAAGGUGCUUCAGUGUAACAUGACAGUGACAUGGAGGGAUCUGAGAGGCUUACUGCAGUGGGACUGUCCUGUUCACAAGCCUAAUACAGCCUAUACUGUUCAGAAUAAAACACAAGGAGCCAGUCAGUGGGAGGCGGUGAAAGGGUGUGAGAGGGUGAUGUCCAGAAGCUGUGACGUUUCCCGGGUCUUCGCAGAGUAUAACCUAUAUAACUGGGUACGGCUGGGACAAGAGGUUACCCCGGGGUCUGUGCUGUGGUCCGAGCCCAAGAUGUCCGACCCCUUAGGAGAUACGGACUACAGCCCCCCCAGCCUUUCUCUCUCUCUGCAGGGCUCCAAUCUGACAGUGAGCGUCACCAUGGUGUGUUCGCCCCUCUGGGCCUGCCCCCCCAGAGACUGCUGCCCGCUCUCUAAGCUUGUGGACCUUUGCAUCUCCAUCACAGUGUACAGUGAGACCCGCCCCUUAUGGCGCCAGACCCACCAGAAGUGUAGUAAAGAGGAGAAGGUGAGCUAUGUGUUCAUGGGACUGGCUCAGGGUCAGAGGCACUGCGUUGUGGCGAACUUCACCUCCAGCCCCGCCUCCAGCCCCGCCUCCAGCCCCGCCUCGUUUCCACAGUGCGUCGACUUGCCCAAGAAGACUGUUGCUGAGUUUCAGAAGCUGUGGCUUUUCGGAGCGGUGUUCUUCAUGCUCUUUAUUAUCGUCCCUGCCAUCUACUACCUCAAACAACGAUGGCCAUCAGCAAAGCCUCACCUCCCCAGAGCACUGGAGUCUCUGCAGAAUGGGGAGUCAAUGGAACUGGGGCUCCCCCAUAAGGACUUUCAGGAAGAACUUGGGGGGGACCACAUCUCCAUCCUGUCCCGGUCCCCAUCGGGGUCUUGUGGUGUCCUCACCUUGCUAACUCCUCCGGAGGCCCAGACCGACUGCCCCAGCCAGGGGGACGGGUAUUACAGCAACCCCUUACUCAUGGACAUAGGGUCAGGCCAGGCAGCCUGGGACAGUGGGGGGACGGGAGGUGACCUGGAAAUCAAUGACGUCACCCUCCUGCUCCAGUGCGUUGUGGCGCCUAGUCUGUCCCAGGACUUCUGGGGAUUACCCCCACAGACACACACAGGGCCUGGAGGGAAGGUUCCAGGCCCUCCAAAAUUGCCUUCCCCGGAUAACGUACAGGGGUGUGGGGUGGCUCAGGACGUCCCGCUGUGUUCAGUGAGGUUGGAGGCCUGUGAGGAGGAGAAACUGGAGGACGCAGGGUGGUUUGACCUGAAGAUUCCCUCUCCUGCGGGUAGCCAAUAUUGACCACAUCCAGCGAUGGUGAAACUGCCCAGGUCCCCACAGACUCUGCCGUCUUGAACCCCGCAAUGUGUGCAAGGGGUGUGAAAGCGGUACCCGCCUUCAAAAGGAAGGGAUCUCCUCCAGAAAGCACAUGCACUGUCAGUCACCACAACUGCAACAGAAGAGGUUCUGGGUCUGUUCGUUGAAACUGGCAUACCAAGGCCACUGGGUACGCCAUUAAAAAGUCACAACCUGAAGGAAAAUGACCUAAUUGUCCAGACUUCACGCUUCACAGCCAGGACUGCCCUCCCCCAAAUUCUGCCUUGUAAUGGACCUGUCCCUCCACAAAAUCAGAAAACAGUGUUCCCCUGUCUUUUCGCAAACCUCUGCUUUGCGACAGAAACGGCAUGGAAGACCCCGGAAUAGCUGGAGCGCCGCUGUCUGAGCGAGCGGCCUUUGGAAGGGCUUCACUGGCAGCUCAGAGAUUUAGGUGGAAAAUUGAAGUAGUGGUAUGACAUCAUUACCCGAGGGGGGGGGGAUGGCGUGCUUGGUGCUGAGUGAUCAGCGCUCGAGUUCUCCCCCAUAGCCAUCGCUCCAGCGCUGCUGUCCGCGUGUCACGCCUCAUCUCGCCGGGUGCCCGCCCCGCAGGAGGUUAUAUUGCUCCUGCUCCUGCCUGGCGCAGCUGCUGUUCUGCUUUCGCCGCCACAUAAAACACCAAACCACAGCCGUGAGCGAUGGAUGAGACGGAAACGGUGAGACAGACCGUCGGUAUGACUCCAGGAACUGGAAUACGAAAAUGUCGUUGACGUUCGCUCGCAAUUAUUAUUUGCGACGUAAGGUGGGCAUUUGUACACGGGCCAUGGUACCAACGUAUUUCCAGCACAGGGGACUUCCGUCGAAUGUCUAAUGGCAGAAAGAAGACUUUGUCUGACAGGAACAUUAACUGACCCUAAAAGGGUCCAGGUUUUCACCUCCAGUUUUACCGUUUUUGCUGUACUUGCAAUAAAUUACUCUGAAAACAA